GAAGCAAAUAGACAAAUGCAUUUGCAGGUAUACGUACAGGUAUUCGGUAUCAUUUGCAUGGCCUGUGCGUCACCUGCCCUGGUCGGAGGCACCCAUUGGUUCCUGUUUGUCGUGGUCACAUCAUUUAUUGCCACCGUACUGUGGAGCUUUGUGUACCUGCUCGGUAUCAGGGAGGUACUGAAUCUGCCCAUCAACUGGAUUCUGACGGAGUUGAUAAAUACGGGCUUUGCAACGUUGCUGUACCUCAUUGCAUUCAUUGUGCAGCUGGCGACGUGGUCCAAUCUGUACGGGUACUUUAGGAGCGCGAACAUCGCGGCGGGGGUGUUCGGUUUGUUCAACUUCCUGGCGUACACGGCGGGAACGUACUUCCUCUUCGUGGAACACAGAUCCAGCGGAGUGUAACAAGCAAACCGUUGUGACGCCGCCACUUAUCCCGCAAAGACGUGACUAAGAAGAAGAGCCACACCGAAAACAACAACAACAAAACCACACAACGCCAUCGUGAUCCGGUGGAUUGACAUUGUGCUAACAAACAUCUAUACUUAGCUUUUAGAUGGCAACGAAAGGGCCCUUCCGAGGAAUGUUGGGUCGCGUUUAGAUCGCAACACGAGCUUCCAGUGCACAGCUGCUACUAACGGCUUCCACAGCUGGCUGGUGGUUUAAAUUAACUGAAAAUGCAUCAAACAAAGUCAUUUUAACGUAAACACACCCACAAAACUCAAACACAAAAUACGGAGUAACACAAACAAACAAAUUAGUGCAUUUUAUUUCGUAGGCUUUGUACUGUACUUGUUUUUUUUUGUUAAAACUUUUGUUUUUUAUAACCGAUUUUUUUGUUAUCGCUUCAGCACUCAUUGCAUCAGUCGAACAGUUCAAAACCAAAAAUGACGUAAACAGCCUUCAGAAAGCGUUCGUAAAGCCAUUCAUCAAUUAGUAAAACGAUGGAAAUUGUUACACAAAGUUAGUUGAACAUCAAACUUUUUUUUUGCGUCGAAAAAUCGUUAAGUUAAAAAGUGUGCAAAAAGUUAAGAAACGUAAUUUAAUCGAAAACAAAUCGUUAGAAGAACUACCAUAUAUAGGAGGCUCUAUGUCAGAAACUGUAACUUUUAUGUCGUAAAGCAGUGGAAGGGAUCAAAUGAAGUCUAAUGUAAGUUAACCUUAAACAAAUGAACGUAUUUAAACAACUGGAGUUAAAAUCAAACAUUAACUAUUGAUUACGAGACAAAUAUUUUAUUAUUUCGAUGAAUAAAUGACUAUUUAUGUUAAGAA